UUAAACUUUAGUAUUUACGAUCCAUUUAAGUUUGUGGAUAUUACGUUUUGGUAUUCUUUUUAAUUUUACUUUGGAGAGUUACAGUCUCCUAAAUAAUUAAUGACGUGCGUAUAUGAAUAUACGCAUAUUUACAAUUCUAUCUUUUAUCACCCAAUAAAAUCAAAAUUAAUUAAAAACAAAAGUAAUCGUGAAAUAUAAAUUUAAAAUAACAACGCAGAAUCACAAACAAGAUUAAAAUCAAUUAUUCUGUCAAAAGAUUAAAAUUGUUUAUUUAUUUCCAUUUUAAUUAUUAUAUUAUUUAAUAAUCAAUUAAGUUUUAUCAUAUAUUUCUGUAUUUACAUUUUUCUAUUCCUAUUUGAGUUAAAUAUAUCAUGCAGCUAUUUGUAUAUAUCCAUUUCCUACAAUUUUGACAAAUUAGUUUUGUAACGUCAUCGGUCCUGCACAUGACCAAAUAGAUGUUUUAUAGACAAACACAAUCGAGGUUCAGAAUUUUCGCCGGAUAAUUCAUAAGCGCUGUCAAGAAACCGAGUUAGGAAUUUGGGUAGCUCCUGCGGUUAGAACAAGUUCCUACAUAGCUCAGAGAUAAUGUAGUCUGAUAAGUUUCCUGGGCUUCCAACUUAAAACCAAUUGGCAAUUAGUGGAUUGACCCAAGUCCCUUAUAUAUUACUCAAGUCCCUUUCAUAUAAUCCGAUGUGGGAUCUUCUCUCCAAUACCUUCCCUCGAGAUAAUGGUGCGUAUAACCAUUAAUCUCGCAGAAUCUAUCAUACCCCCUCCGAAAUCAUGCUUUUUUUUUCUAGCGAUCUCGGUGGAACUGAGCCUUCUAUGGGCCAUCAGCUAAUGGGAUGAUCGGGCCACUGUCCGGGCCGGAUUAAUGGGUCAGGGUAUUGGGCUGGCUCUGAUACCAUGAUAAGUUUCCUGGGCUUCCAACUUAAAACCAAUUGGCAAUUAGUGGAUUGACCCAAGUCCCUUAUAUAUUACUCAAGUCCCUUUCAUAUAAUCCGAUGUGGGAUCUUCUCUCCAAUAUAGUCAGUUUAGGAUUAGUGUAGGCAGCUAAAAUUUGCUAGAGUGUAGUAGGUCAGCUCAGACCAGUUAGGUGGUCAUCUUGACUAUCUCCUUCAUGUUCACACUACCUAACAAAAGACCAAAUUCUGACUCUUCGUGUUCAAACACCAUGUCUUCUAAAUUCUAAUGAAUAAGACCUCUAAUAGAUUUACGAUAAAGAACACCGAAUUAUCACAAAUAUAGACGGAAACCACCAUUAAAAAUUCAAAAUAUUUGUAUCUCUAAAUUUGUCAAAAUUAGAACCAAAUCCAGAAAAGUCUCAUUCAUAUUAAAUCAAAUUUUUUUUAAAAGUAAAAAUAAACAAAGGCGGAAUGCUGGAUUUAAAAGCUACCGUCAAAAAGAUGAAAAAGUGUUUGAGAAAAAUCGUGGUCUGGCUAAAGUUUUCAUAGAAAAAAAUUGAGGCGAGGGUGAUUUAUAUAGGGUUACGGAUCAAAGUUCUGCAACCUUUUUUUAUAAAGAAAACUUUUAGCAGAAACACAAUCUUUGUGAUUUAUCUAGUAAUGUAAAACGGUGUGUUUUCAUAACGUCCAUGUAUUUACGAGAGCGUUGUCAUCAAUAGUUUGAACUAGAUCUAGACGUUUUGGGUAUCUGUUCGAAUCGGCGUAUUUGGCUAUAGUUAUCAUAAAAUCCAUAUCAAUCCAGCUCUUAAUCUCGAUAUCAUAAUGGCACCUAUCAUGAGAAUAUAACCGACUGCAAUAUUAGGGAUUAUGACAGAACACGUAUAGUAUAGGGAAAAUAACGUAAAAUUUUCUCACAAAAAAAAAAAAAUUAAUAACAUAGAACACGCAUAAAAUGAUAUUUGGCGGGUCGUACACUUUAGUGGAUCCUAUACUUGGAAGGUCAUAUAAUUUAUAAAUGUAUAGUAUACGGGAUAAACGUGUAAGGAGUUUUCAUGCUUGAUAUUUGUUCCAAUUAUACAUUCAAUAAAAAAAAUUAUAAUUAAAUGACAGUGACAAAUCUCAUAAUAUCUAAAGGAAACUAAACGCAAAUCUAAACAAAUAAUGUUUUAAUAGUAUAGAUUAAAUUGGUAGUUGGCCAUGAAUAAAAUUAUGGUAAGAUAUAUAUAUUUGUUUGUUACAACAGCUGGAUUAGAAGAAGAAAACGUAAUUACUCUCCUAAUAAAUAAAACAAGAAUAUCAAACUGUUACUGCAAGAUCAGAAAACAAAGGUAACAAAAUCUUGUUCUGGCCUCUCUGCCUACUCUUAAAUACACAACACACCCUUUUCGCUGGUCCAAUCCAUCCAUCCAUCAAUCUCUCUCGACAAAUAAAACAAUGGUUGAGCAAAAGAGAUUCGCUUUGUUUCUAGCGACGUGCGAUUCAACGUUUGUGAAGAAGACAUACGGAGGUUAUUUCAACGUGUUCGUGUCCACAUUCGGCGAAGAAGGAGAGCAAUGGGAUCUCUUCCGGGUGAUCGACGGCGAGUUUCCGGAGGAGAAAGAUCUGGACAAGUACGAUGGUUUCAUUAUCAGUGGUAGUCUCCAUGACGCUUUUGGAGAUGAUGAUUGGAUCAUUAAGCUUUGUUCGAUUUGUCAAAAACUGGACGACAUGAAGAAGAAGGUUCUAGGUAUCUGCUUUGGCCAUCAGAUACUAAAUAGAAUCAAAGGAGGAAAAAUCGGAAGAGCGAGGAGAGGUGCAGACAUGGGACUCAGAAGCAUAACAAUAGCUAAAGACUCGGUGAAACCUGGUGGUUACUUCGGAGACAAGACUCCAAAUUCACUAGCCAUCAUAAAAUGUCACCAAGACGAAGUUUGGGAACUCCCUGAGUCAGCUACGUUGCUUGCUUAUUCAGACAAAUACAACGUCGAGAUGGCCUCCUACGGAGAUCACCUCCUCUCCAUCCAAGGCCAUCCUGAGUACAACAAAGAGAUUCUCUUCGAGAUCAUCGAUCGUGUCGUCAGUCUGAAGUUGAUGGAGCAAGAUCUUGCGGAUAAGGCCAAAGCAACGAUGGAAGAGGCCGAACCAGAUAGGAAACAGUGGCAGACUCUCUGCAAGAACUUUCUGAAAGGAAAAACCGAUCAAAUUUAAGUCUUAAAAAUAAACUGAAAACAAUUUCUG